GCCGAGCCGCGCUUAUCAAACCUGGCGUUAUGUCGUCCGGUCAGUCGGGGGCGGAGUUGUCUUUUGGUGUGAUUAAAGUUGGCUUACGGUUUAAUUGCUCUAAUUGAUGCUAGGAUAUUCUAGAAGAUCCAUCAGGAUUUUCUCUGGCUAAACUAAAGGCAACAGCGGAGGCUAUAGACUUAAAGUGAAAGUCUCAAUUUGACUAACAAAAAUUCAGGGAUAAAAAAAGCUUGAUAGAUGUUGCUUUACGAGGACGUAUGCUGCGCCUACUUGCCUCAGACUCUAUGGAUGAUGUAAAAACUCUCCUUAAAAUGGGUGUUGCAGCGGCCUUGGCGAAUUUGUGCUCUGCACCAACUCCGUUUUUGUUAUUUUCGGAUGUUUUCAACACCAAGCCGAUAUCACUUUGUGAAGAGAUGUUCGGAUUCAUGGAGGAAACAAUCAUUACUUUGAAGGAUGUACCCUUAUUUGGUUCAGGAAGAAAUACAUUACUACGAAUGUGCAAUGGUUCGUUUGAUCACUUUUCCUCGAAAUAUAUCUGUUCAAUGUAGACCUCCUUAGACGCCUGUCGAAGUCACAGAAUACCGUCUUUUGCGGCCGAAUUCAACUCUUCCUGACGCGUUUAUUUCCACUAGAUGAGAAAUCUGGACUGAAUUUUAUGAGCAACUUUAAUUCUGAAAAGGACAUACUGUACAAUAAAAACCCAGAUCCAAGUGUUUUCAAGCAUCAGGUGUCUCACGAUCAUACAUCUGAUGAUUUGGAAGAGGGGGAAAUGACUGACUCAUCCACUCCCUUAGAAGUGGAUGCUGGACUAUAUGUCAAAUUCUGGUCUCUUCAGGAGUUCUUUAAGUCUCCGAUUCUGUGUUACGAAAAAGCUAAGUGGCUACGUUUUACAAGCAGCACAGACACAGUGUUAGAUGUGUUUUCCAGUAUUAAACUGAUGGCAGUAGAAGAAGGAGACAUUCGAUCUCAGAGUAGCAGCAGGACAUUUUCUAAGUACCUUACAAGCGAAAAGUUACUGGAUUUGCAACUAAUGGAUCCUAGUUUCCGGCGGUAUAUACUUGUUCAGCUACUAAUUUUGUUUCAGUAUUUAACAACAGCAGUUAAGUUUAAAACAAUUGAUCAAGUACUUAGUGAGGAUCAACACGCUUGGGUUAAUCAAAGACACGAAGUAGUGUUACGACUCUUAUCCUCUAAUGGUCCAAACAAUCCUUCGGGCGGUACAUUUGUUUCUACAGUCGAACACAUACUGGAACGUGAAAGUUAUUGGAAUAGAUGGAAGAACGAUGGAUGUCCUUCCUUCAUACGGAAUCCUGAAAAAUCUAGGUUAUCUGUCAGAAAAAGGCAUAUAAAUCCUUUGGUUACUCGUACCGGUCAGAAAGUGUAUCGUUUUGGUAAUCGAGAGCUGGAUAAACUGUGGAAUGUUUGUCCGGAUAAUUUAGCUGCUUGUCGGGACAAACGGAGAGUUUUCAACACAGAUCUUCAUUCCUAUUUUCAAGAUGCUAUCAUGGAAAUGGACCCAGCGGAAAAAGUUGAAGAGGAAUAUAAAUCGAUUAAUAAAGAUGAAUGGAGCUGGCGAGCUCUUCGUUUUCUUUCCAGAAAAUGUCCGCAUUUUUACAUCAACUGGAAUCCACCUGGACGACCUGUAAAAGAUUAUUUAUCAGUUAUUCUUACUGAGAAAAUUCAUUCUGAGGAGGAUAAAAAGAGUUCCACUACCAAUGUAAAUGAUUGUGACGAUCGUCGGGGCUCUGAUGGUGGUACUAUGGACUCUGUACCUAGCAAACAACCCAGACUAGAAGAUGUAGUCGAUUCAACAACACUAGACUCCCCUGUAAAGUCUUCCAGCUUAUCACGUUCCCGAUCAAUUUCAAAUGUCAGGCAGUCACAGGAACAUACUUUGACUAAAGGUCAAAUAAAUGCCAAGUCAUAUGGUAGCCCGAUGAAAACUCGGUACCGUGACACAUUGACAACAGAUAAUGAAAUUGAAUCAGCCUCAGGGAGUGAUAAUGAUGCCAACGGUGAUAAUGAUGGUGAAUCUGAUUCUGUGACUGAAUAAUUUGUGUGUGUGUGUGUAUCAAAAAUUUGUACUUGUAACUAAAAAUAAAAAAUUAAAAUUUAGUUUUAUCACCACUUACAAGUAAUAUGUGUAGUUAUUCAAAGAUAAAUUUUUUCAUUCAACUUAUUUGUGUAGUGUAAUUUCUUCACGUUCUUUUUUUGUAAUCUUGCGAUUUUUUUUUUCGCAUAUAUAUUGCAUUCACGCUUAAUAAAGAAGAAGAAAAAAUCAUUGUGAAUAUUAUUCAUGAUUGUGAAUAAAUACGUAUAUUUAUCAA